AUGGAUUUUUUGUGGCUUCUGAUCAUAUUGCUGCUCAUUGUUGGUUGUAGCAAUAUUUAUUCUCUUUCAUUAGACACCACACAACUACAACCCAAGAGUGAAACAACUAUUACAACAUCAUUCACCUCCAUCUCUUACUCUAAUAUCAUUCAAGGUGCGCAACUCUAUAAAAACGGUGUGGCCCAACCGCUGACAACAAAGCCGCUCACGGAUCUUAAUCUGAUGAUCAAGGGCGAAAAGAUUCCAGCCUAUGAGGACGCUCUUGGAAGACCCUUCUAUAUGUCCAAGGAUAAUCAGGUGAUGUACUUUGAUCCCAACAACCCAGAAACUCCCAACAUACCAAAUUUAGAAGAUCCAAGUUCCACAACUGGACAGGCUCUCUAUGACAGCAAGAAACGACGAUACUUUGUGGAUGCAAUUGGAAGAGCAUUUUACAUGGAUCAGAAAACUGGUCUUCCUUUCUUCAUUGAUAACAACAAUAAGGAUUACUUUAUCGACAAGUACAAUCGAAUUUACUUUCGAGACGAGCUCGGCAGGUAUUACUACAUUGACAUUAGUACAGGAAGGCAAAUUUUCUUUUUACCUCCAAACACUGUUCAAGACAUUCCUGGCUUGGAUCUGUCCAAGAAACCACAAAAACCACCACCCAUUGUUGUCACGGUACCUACUCCUCCUCCUCAAACAACAACAACAAUACCACCCACUCCAAAACCUCAAAAAUCCACAAAGCCUCCAGUCGUGGUCGUACCUGUACCUCCAAAACCACCCAUUCAACAGCAACCAACACCACCCAUUGUGGUAACCGUUCCUCCUCCACCACCUCAAACAGUGCCUACUCAACCUCCCGUUUCACAACCAAAGCCUCCAGUCGUGGUAGUCACUCAACCAUCUACUCAACAACCACCGACACAAUCUUCGUCAAUCUAUGUGAACACUCUUUCUUCUCGUUAUGCGGAUGUUGUGAAUCCUAAUGUGUUGGCAGGUGGUCCAUUUGUGGAUUCCAAUGGAAGAGUCUAUUAUAAGGAUCAAAAUGGUCAGACCACCUAUCAUGAUGCAAAUGGUCAACCUUAUUAUAUUGAUCCAAUUACUAAUCAGUGUUAUGUUCUGAACAAAUUGGGAGAGAAGGUGGAUUGUGGUGUUGAUUCUUCGUCGUUGACUCAAGCAAAUUCAGGCAACUCGAAGAGAACCUACUUGUAUGGCAAUGAUGGAACCAUUUAUAUGGUCAACAGUAAUGGUGAAUUGAUAGAAACUAGCAAAUCAAGAGCAGAUCUAGACUCACAAGUGAGUGGGGUUGGUGCUGCUACUACCAAUGGUGCUUCAACAUCCUUAGCUCCUGCUAAGGGAUAUGUCUUGGUGGACGGAAAGGUGUAUUGGGUUGAUACGAGCGGUGAUACAGUGCCAUUCAAAGACGCACCCAAAGCAACGGAACGUGUACGAUAA